GUAAUACGAAUUACUCGCCACAGACGGUGUUGUCACUACCUAUAUCGCAGCGAUUCUUCAGGUCAGUAUCAAUUAACCUGAAGAUGAUCUCUCUAAAUUAUUAGUCGCGUUUUCUACUUGUUUCACGAGACAGCGACAAAAUCUUAAACCUUUGUCGGAAAUUGUAGACUCUCCCCGCUGUCGCUUGCGGAAGUGGAGCGUGUACGUGGGGAAGAAAGGUUGGUUUGACCGUAUUUGAAUCUGUGACACUGAAACAGGACUCAUGUCCAAUCCGGGAUAGUUUGUCACGACUUCUUCCCCUCCCAUUUCAAGCAAAACAGCCGUGUUGGGCAGCGGUAGCGUCGUAUAAAUGGGAGUCGAAGGCGACAGGCUGUAAUGCUGCGCCGGGUGCGGCAGACUUUGUGGCAGGUGCUGUUCCUGAUGGCCCGGAGACCCGACCUGGUGUGCGGGGUCCUCACGCUCGGCGUCCUCCUCACGCUGGCUGUCAAAUCCAAAUUCAGCCGUGCUAAAAAUGUGGUGGCCCCAGCUCGUCCUCCUGUGCGAUUCUUCUCCACUGAGGCGCCAGUAGUCGACCUCUACCUGGGUCAGCUAGACCAGGUGGAGCGUCUGAGGAGUGUGGCUGAGGUGUCACUCAUCUUCUUCUACGCGCCGUGGUGUGCUCACUCCAUGGCUGCUCGGCAGGAGGUGCAGCAGGUAGCGAAGAAGCUGGCCAAACAGGUGCAGUUUGUGGCUGUUAACUGCUGGUGGAGUCAGGGGAAAUGCAGGAGGAGAAACCGCUUCUAUCAGUACCCCACCAUCCACCUGUUUUACAGAAGGUUUGGCCCUAUCGAGUACAAGGGUCCGUUUGUGGCUCCCUAUGUGGAAAGUUUUAUCCUCAGAGUCGUCACGCCGCUGAUUUACCUUCCAUCCCGAUCCACACUUCAAGAGUUCCUUUCCUACCAUGAGUCCCGAGUGGUGGGAUUCUUUCAGUUCAAUGCCUCUCCUCAGCCACCAGGGUACGUCACGUAUCUGUCUUCAGCCCUGCAGGCCCUAAAAAGGGAUUUUAACGGCGUGGUUCGUUUCGGGGUGGUGACGAACAGACAUGUGGCGGAGGCCAUUGCUGUAGAAGAAGAUGAAACCGUUUACCUCCACAGACGCUUUAACUCUUCUCUGAUUUUCCCUCGUAGGGAACGUAACUUCACUUCAGAGGCCAUCUGCAGCUGGGUGUUUGAGCAUCAUGAGACCGUCCUCCAGUGGCUGCAGCCACCAGGAACAAAGUCCCACCUUCUGGAAGAAGAGCUGAAUAAAGGUCCGGCACUGCUGCUCUUCCUGCCGCACGAUCCACUUGGAUCAAAUCCCAGUCCAGAGCUACAGCAGAUUGCAGACAUUGCUGUGCGUUAUCAUUCCUGUGAAAAUGCCAAUCACUCCAGCUCGGAUAAAAGUGGCAGCUCUCCGUCCCACAGGCUGUGCUGCCAGUCAGUUGUUUUCCCAGAAUCCACUACAACUGCAUGUGACAUCUGCCUCGAUGUGUCAGGGCUGGGUGUACCCAGCUCCUCUGCACGCUGCUCAUUCCUCUCUACAUCUCAGGGAGCAGUCAUCUUUCAUUCUCAUCUCCUACACCAGCUAUUCAUGCGCCAAAAAACUGAAACCUCAGUGACCUGUGGCAGCUUUCUGAGCAGCUACAGUCCAUUCAGUCAAUACAGUGCCUGCUGCGCAAAACGCCAACUCAGUGAACAGUCUUCACAAGCCAAAGAGGUACCAGAUGUACUUCCCUCUUCCAACAUCCCCUCAACCUCUGCUGCUCACCCACAAGGAGGCGGAGUCACCGGGCUCCGGUGUCAGACAAACAAAACUCUGAGGUUCUUUCUGCUGGACACUGCCCUGACCUGGCCUCUGGCAGUGAGACUCGGUGCACGGGACAACACAAGUGCUUCUCAUCAGUUGGAUCCAGAGGCACAAGGAGAAGGAAGUGGCCGCGGGUCAUUUGCAGCCAUCGUGAACCUAAAAGACGAGGUUCAUUAUGUUCUGCACCGCAGCCCGGCAACCACGCUGACAGAGUCUCUGGAGACUUUUAUCAGGAACUUCAGCGCCCCCUACAGCCUGUUGCAGAGACACUUGGUUGGUGAUGAGGACAGGACACAGGGUGGAGAGGAAGAUGGACACACCCCUCCACGCCCCCUCAUUAAAGAGCUGAGCACAUCCUCCUUCCUGCACUCCAUCAUGGACCCUCAAAAGGAUGUGCUCCUGUUUUAUUACACACACUGGUGUGGAUUCUGCUCCGUUCUCAACCAUAUCAUCAUCCAGCUGGCCAGAUUACUACAGGGUAACAGCUCAAUCACUGUGACCAGGGUGAAUGUUGCUCAGAAUGACCUCCCAUGGGAGUUCAUGGUGGAUCAUGUCCCCACCGUUCUUCUGUUACCCAGAUACCGCAAACAUCUGAGUGUGAAGUUUCCAGACAACUUGCCCAUCACGCUGCCCAACCUGUUACGCUUCCUGCUGCAGCACAGCAGCUCUGUGCAUGAUGCAGAACAGCCAGUGAUGGCUUCAGGCCGGGCAGAGGGACCAGGACCCAGCAAAGUUUUCCACGCUCAGUUUCUGGAGCUGCAGCGUGAGGUUCAAACUCUCCAUCAGGCCCGCGAGCACCUUUCUCAGCAGCUGGCGCAGCUGUGGCGUGAGAACCGACGGCUGAAAUUUGACACGCACACCUUAGAAGCUGAGAACGCGGUGCUGCAACGCGAAAGGCAGAGCUUGGAAACACAGCACAGGGAGACGAGCCGCCAGCUGGGGGAGGCGGUGCGACGGCUGCAGGAGCUGGCAGACGCAUCGGAAAGCCUGCUGAGGGAGAACACGCUGCUCAGGAUCCUGCUGAGGAUGCUGAAAGACAGGACAGAGGUUAAGGAACAGGAAGAGUUGGAAGAAGACGAUACAGAACUCGACACAAACCAUGUGGCCUCCUGACUGUCGGCGUCCUCUGAAAGAGACUCAGAGAGGAGGACCACAACAGUCAGCAUGACUGGGAAGGAUGAAAACAGAGAGACAUGCUUACGUGAGGUGAAGUGAAGCUGAAGAACAGUCAAAUGCGACUCUUUUUGAUCUUCUCCAGUUCUGACAGCCUCUUUAAAGCUACAGUCUGUAGGAUUUGGUGUCAUUUAGUGGUGAUGUUGCAGAUUGCAUUAUGCUGUCACUGGUCACAGUUUUGUUUCCCUUCCCAUUUUGGCUUCUUCUGUGACAGGUAUUCAUGCCACUUUGCCUUCUGUUGAGAUCAGCAAUAUGUAUGAGCCUCCAUUUCACAAAAAUGAGGCUCCUUAAAGUUGUUAGCUUGCACUAGCAACCGGGAGACGGUGUAGAGAGGAGCAACCUCUGAUUCUUCCUCUUCAGUUUUCUAGCUGCACCACAGAAAGUGAAAGACUGAGUAAGUAUGUCCCCUUUGGCUUCUGUAUGAACACGGCGGUGCGACAUGGAGGCCCCUAUUGGGGGGGACUGUUCCUAUGGAUAUAUGAAGGGCUCAUUUCAAACUUGUGAAAACCCAGAUUCAUUGUUGCACAUAGUUAUACACUAAUGACCCGAUAGUUGUGAAGGCUGUCUUUAAUUUUUGUUUUUAAAAAAAACACCUCUAAAUCCUACACACUGAAGCUUUAAGUUAUAUGUUUGGGAAAUACAGAAAGAGGCCCCUGUGAUUUACAGCAUGGAUUCAGGUCAAGGGCGCCGAUUUAAAAUUUGACAUGUGGCACCUGCUGAGUGAUCUGAUGGUGACUUUAAAAGCACUUGAAUUUUUUUUUUUUUAAGGGGAUACAGCUGUUUUGGCAAACUAUUUUUACGUAAAUCCUAAAUUCACUAUAAAAUUUCUAUGUACUGCUUCAGGUAUUAAGAUUAAAAUGCUGCAAUUGUUUACAUGUGAAAUGUUGCACCUGUUUUUACUGAUUAAAUCUUUCACUUUA